UUUUAACAUAAAUAAAAAAUAUUUAAUCAGUAAAUUACUCAAUGGCCAGGGUUUAGUUUCAGUUCCGCUAGGAUGUUUAGUUUGAUUGUAUGGUUAUGUGCCAUAUUAGUUUUGAGAACUUCCAAAAGCUCUAAUGCUGAAAUUAAUGGCAUUGUGGUUUAUAACAAAAAUGGUCCUCUUUCAAAUAACAUAUACUAUGACAAGUGUGCACCAAAAGUGACCUGCAAAGAAAAUGAUAUUUACAGGACAGCAGAUGGCUCAUGCAAUAACUUGAUGAACCCGUUGUGGGGGACGUCCGAAACUCCAUACAUCAGAUUUUAUGAAGCUUAUUAUAAUGAUGGUGAUUAUGAAGUUCGAAAACAGGUUGACGGAUCACUAUUACCCGGACCACGAAAAGUUCAGGUAUUAUUAUUUUUGAAAAAAUCCCGCGAUAUACCAGAUUUCAACAAUUUUCAUCUAAGUCAAUUUGGCCAAUGGACCACUCAUGAUAUCACUCUCCUGCUACCGGAUUUUUCCUGGCCAAUACCAUGUUGUACUAUCCCUAUCAAUGCAAUAAGAAAUAUUCUAUACCAAUGUCAAUUAGUUAUUAAGUUAUCUACGGAUGACCCAGUUUAUGGUCCUCGUGGACAAACAUGUAUGGAAUUUAGACGUGCAAUGACUGCUGCUAAUGAUUUUAACUGUCCAAUACAUCCUCAAAUUCCAAUGAAUCAGGCGACAUCGUUUAUUGACUCAUCACAAUUGUAUGGACAUAAAAAAGAUAAGGCGGAUUCGAUUAGAACUUUUAAAAAUGGGAAAUUAAUAACAGAUGUCAUAAAUGAAAACGAGUAUUGUCCUCUAAUGAAGAGAAACGGAUUAUUUUUAUUAUGCGAUGGGCGAUUCAACGUGGACAUUUGUUUUGAAGGCGGAGACCCAAGAAUAAAUCAACACUUUGGGAUUACAUCGUAUUCUGUUGUGUUUACCCGGUUUCAUAAUGUUGUGGCUGAUAAGUUACAAAAAAUAAAUCCUCAAUGGUCUGAUGAAGUGUUAUAUCAAGAAACUCGAAAGUUCCUUGGUGCACUAAACCAGUUGAUUGUUUACCGGGAUUACUUGCCUAUUUUACUUGGUGAAUCAUUUAUAGAACGCACUGGUUUAAAACUUAAUCAUCAUGUAAGAACAAUAUACAAUCCCUCAAUCAUGCCACAAUUGUCUAUAGAAUUUGCUGGUGGUGCUUUCCGAGUGCCACAUAAUACAGUGGCUUCGGUAUACAAUUACAUAGAUAAAAAUUAUACGACAAUAAAUUCAUCCAAGCUUAACGAAUGGAUGUGGAUACCUGAUCCCUUAGUAGAGGGCAAAAAUCUUGAUGAUAUAGUUAGAGGCAUGACGGUAACACCAGGUCGUUAUUAUACCCCAUCGUAUAAUUAUUUAAUAUCAAAUUUUAUGUUCCAUCAUCAAUUUUUUGGUGAUCAAGAUUUGCUCGCAGUGGACAUUCAAAGAGGGCGUGAUGUCGGCCUACCGCCUUAUACUAAAAUGAGAGAAUGGUGUAAUUUACCUAAAAUCUGUUCAUUUGAAGAAUUAUCAAAUUUUUUAUCAAGUGACGACGUUGAAACACUAAAAGAACUGUACGCAUCUGUGCAUGACAUUGAUCUACUCGUCGGAGCUCUUCUCGAACCACCAAUCGACGGUGGAACGGUUGGUCCAACUGCACAGUGCAUCAUAGCUGAUGUAUUUUAUCGUAUUAGAUAUGGUGACCGUUACUUUUUUGAUGUGUCCAAUCAAGCAGGAAGUUAUUCAUCAGCACAAUUGAAAACUUUGAGGCACCUCGAUUUGGGUCAUGUAUUCUGCGCUACUACUGAUAUGGAAGAAGUGCCAGCUAAUAUUUUUAAACCAUCAGCACGUUCACGCACGGUGAACAUGGUGAAAUGUAAAGAUCAUUUAUCGAAGUUGGAUCUUAGUGCUUGGAAAGAAUCUUCAUAAUUUGAUGGAUUUAUCAGUUAUUAAUUAACCAUUAUAAUACUAUAUGUAAGACGUUAAUUGUAUACGAAUCAGAUGUUAUUUUUAAUUCAAAAUUUUAAAUAAAUGCAAUAAAUA